AUGACUACUGGACAGCUCCGCCUGCUGAAAGUCCCAAGGUGGCUAUCUGAGCAGUGGCUGCAGUCAAAACCGCAGGACAUUGUGGCCGAUCUGGAUCUUGAGCAAGGAAUCCUGAAAUUGAACUCCGCGCGAGCUGGGUGUCCAACAAGUAUGCGGGUGGAGCGUCGAGCUUCUCCUGAGCUUUUCAGCUUCUGGCAGCCCUUGGAUGGCUCUGAGGCGCCCAUCGAGGGGAUCGUUGAGUCUUUGACGCUGCAGCCAGACCUGAAAGACCGAAGCUACCGGAGCCUCCUUGAUCAGCGCAAGGAAACAGAGACCGCGUCAUCCAGCCGCCGCAGUCGGCACGAAGAGCGCCUCAUCCAGGGCGGCGAAAGGCCAACGGUGGUGAGGGCGACAAAAACCACACACACGGAGAGCGGCUCUCCUGGAGCUGCUCUUUCAGAUGUUCUGGCAGCUGUGGAGACGGCCUUGCAAACCGCUGGCACCAAGGGGCUCACUGGUUUGGAGCUCUUCGAAAGAUUGCCGUCCAGUGGAUGCACACUGGCGCAGCUUCGGGAUUCGCUCCUUGCCCUUGCCAUCCCAAUUCAAGCAGAGGAUGGCGGUCGCCGCUACGUCCAGGCACCUGGCAGCGUUGAGCAGAUUCUGGUAGCCCUGAAAGGCUUGGACAGCAGCUCUAUGGGAAAGCUUACUUUCGCUUCCCGUGAUCUUUACUUCGCUGUCCGAGAAGCGGCCGCUCUGCGAAUCGGGCUCGGCCUCGGCCAUGGCAUCAACGCGGAUUUGGCGUCGCGGCGCUUCGAAAAUCCUCUUCUUGUCUUAAGCCACCUGGAGUCCAUGGCGAACGCGCCUUUUUUAUUUGCUUCUUUGCGCGGAUUGCUUAGAUGUCUCGUGGGGAGAGCUAGGGACGAAUCAAGCGCGAUCUUGCUUGAAGUUUCGCCAGGAAACGAUCGCUUGUGUGAGUUACUUUGCGAGCUGGUGUUUGAGACGGACACGCAAAGUCAAGAAAGGCAAGGCCACUCAAAUGAUGCUGCGCAGAUUCGUGCUUCCACGCUGGCACGCCUGGCGUCGCUGAUGUACCAGUACAAGCCCCCGUCACCAGACGAUAGCUUGAGGAUUUUGGAGAGAAUGCUGAGCCUAAGAACACAUCCGCAUACCAAAAUUGAUGCUGCCUAUAUCGCGGAGCAGGGGGGUGUGGCCGCGCAGCUGGCACACGGACUGCCCAACCUUCUGCCAACGACGCGUACAUGUAAGAGUUUGGCUUCAAAGACCAAGAAGGUUUUCGUUGCUAAGCUGAUAUGCCAGUUGCUGGAGCGUCUCGUCUUCCCCGUGUCAGAAGCAAGAAUCGUCUUGCAGUUUUCGCUCCCCGCCGAGAAGGCUGUCAGCCAGCAGCUCAUGCAAGGACAAACCACGUCAUUCAUGCACAAUGUCCAUGUCUUGGAAAGCGAAGCAUGGAACGCUGGCAAAGCCUUGGACGUGUUCGCCAUCGAGGCGAAAAGAUGUUACGUCCUGGUUCUGGAAGAGAAUGUUAGAAUACUGCCGGGUGUCUACUACGAGCAGCUUAGCAUCACCGAGCCGGUCGUGCUCGUGGGCGCAGGAAAGGAGCUGCCGACCAUUUGGGGCGGGAAAGAUGGGGUUGUUGUCUCCGGAGCUGGUGCAUCGGCAUGUGCUUUGAGACAUCUGAGACUCUGCGCAGAGUCGAGCUGUCAUGCGCUGACUGUCAGCAAUUCCAGCCCCCUCAUAGAAGGCUGUGAGAUUGUUGGGUCCUGUGGCGAUCCCGCAAGGGGCGCUCCUGCAGGGCUGGAGGUUCGAGGCCAGUCAUGUCCAGUCAUCCGUGAAUGCCGUAUCUUCGACCAUGCAGGAGCGGGCAUUGCUUUCCUGCAAGGCGCGUGCGGUUUGACGAUGUCAGACAACCCCCAGCUUCAGCUUGUGUCUGUAGAACUGGCUAAUGCCUCCAAGCGUGCCAUGUUCGGUGCAGUGGGGGCCCGGUGCAUCGCCGCCGUGCGCUGCGUCACGCUUUUCGUCGUGUCCCUGGCCAGCGCUGCUGGCCUGAUGCUGCUGCUCUCAUGGCAGGAUGACGACAGCGACAGCCAAAGACAGUUCAGGACAGGUGCCACACAGCCGAUGGCUGCGGCGGAGGCACGCAGACCGUCGGCACAGGAAGCUGCAGCAGCUGAGGCUCUGGCCCGGCACCUCCGCGGACCCCGGCCAGCACUCGAUCCACUGCUUGACACCCCAUUGUCAGCUGCAUCCACGAUUGUCAGCCCUGCUUUGUCGGACGCCAGCUGGGAGCUUCCAGAAGCAGGUGUUGACACUGAGCCUGCAUCAAGACCGCCGGACGAAGCAGAUGAACGCUUUAACCAGUGGACCACAGUCUCCGGUCCCAUGUUCCUGGCGUACGGAGUUGCAGCUUGCGAUGUGACUCGCUGUGCGGCAACCUUAGUCGGUGCUUGCAUAGGGCACAUUCUGGAAGCCUGGAUCGCGGCAAAAUCCCUGUGGAGGCAUGUGGUAUUUGGCUGGAAGGCGAGGCGAAUCCGAUUAUUUGGCGCAACACGCUGGCCGGACAUCGAGGAGCAGGAGCCAGGCCUUUUCACCUUCCCGGUAACACGGGAGACGUGCACCUUGGUCAGCAGAGUAAUCCUGGUGUGCAUUUUUUUGCACCUUCUAGGGUUUACCAUGGGUGGCCCUAUCCUUCCGUCCUUGCUGCAUCACUUCGAUCUACAAGCGGCAUCAACUUGGAAGAUCGUGGUUGCAUUCCCAUGUGGUAUGUUCUUUGCAGUGCUUGUUUUUCCUUAUCUGAGUGAUCAGAGGGGCCGCCGACCUGUGCUGAUGAUCUCGUACUUUGGGGUUGGGGCUUUCUUCGUCCUCCAAGCUCUGUCUGUGUACCUCGAGAAUCUGCCAUUCUUCAUUUUGAUGCGCUUUUGCAGCGGUUCAUUUGCUGGAGCGUCCACAGUGGUGAAGGCUUACAUUGCGGACGAGGCCGACCCAAAGGAUCUGCCGAAGUGGAUGGCACACCGGGAAGCUGCGGCUACCUGUGCCUUCGUCGUGGGCCCCCUUCUGGGAGGUUACAUCCUGGAGCUUGCGCCGCAUGGGGGUUUGGAAGCCGUCCUUCUCCUCAUUGGAACCUCCUCCUUUCUGGCAGCGCUCCUGGUGUUCCGGCUUCGGCCCAGGCCCAGCAGUCCUAUCAGACCGCAUCAGUCCAGUUCUCAAAGACAAGGAGUUGCGGACACAGCAAGUGCAGAGGGUUCGGCACCAUGGGUUUCCAUCUUCACCAUCAUUGGGGUGACUUGCACGUAUAACUUCGGGCAAUCCUUCUUUGAUGGCUUCUUCCCCGUGCUUUUCUCGCAGAGGUUUAGCUCUGACGGUCGUCAUUUGGGGCUGGUACAGACAAGUUUAGCGGCAUUGGUUUUCGUCGUGACUUAUUUUGCCUACACCCCGCUUGUUCGUCGCUUUCGGCUGGUUCAUGUGGCAGUUGCGGGCCUCUUCAUGAUCGGACUUGGCGUGGCCCUGCUUGGGGUACAGCUGAUGCCGCACGUCGUCGCCGCCGGGGUCCUCCUGUAUGCUGUUGGUGUACCGCUGUACGCCCCGAGUGUUCCGACCAUGAUGGCCCGGUGUGCUCCGCGCCAGAAGCGGGGCUUGGUCAUGGGAGCGGAGUCGGCAGUCAACAGCCUGGCACGUAUUGCGUCGCCUGUGCUUUUGGGCCACCUCUACGAGGCAAGUCCUGAGCAUGCUUUCCUUCUCGUCGGCAUGGUCGUCAUGGUGGGAGCAUUGGCCAUGGCUUCAAAGCUUCUGGCCCUUUGUAGCAGACUUUUCUUUCGGCAGAAGUCUUGA